GAGACGGCGUUGGUUUUGGGGUGUGGGGUCCGAGGCACUAUGUGGCGCGUCUGUGCGCGACGGGCUCAGAAUGCAGCCCCCCGGGCGGGAUUCGGGGCUCGGUGGACGGCCUUUCGGGAGGAGCCGGGAGCUCCGUGCGUGACCCCGCAGGCUGACUUGGCUCUGGCUCGCUGCAGCAGCAAGACCCCAGGGUAUGGCAGGGUCCGGGCACUCUGCGGCUGGAGCCCCGUCUCUUGGGCCACACCGCGGAAUCGCGUCUUGUUGCAGCUCUGGGGAUCGCCUAGCCGCCGCUGGUAUAGCCUCCCCCCGCAUCAGAAGGUUCCAUUGCCUUCACUGUCCCCUACAAUGCAGGCAGGCACCAUAGCCCGCUGGGAAAAGAAGGAAGGAGAAAAAAUCAAUGAGGGUGAACUAAUUGCAGAGGUUGAAACUGAUAAAGCUACUGUUGGAUUUGAGAGUGUGGAGGAAUGUUACAUGGCAAAGAUCCUUGUUGCUGAAGGUACCAGAGAUGUUCCAGUUGGAGCAAUCAUCUGUAUCACAGUUGAAAAGCCUGAAGAUGUUGAAGCCUUUAAAAAUUUCACACUGGAUUCUUCAGCAGCACCUGCCCCACAAGCAGCCCCGGCACCAGCCCCUGCCGCUGCCGCUCCGUCACCUGCACCUUCUGCUCAGGCUCCUGGUAGCUCGUAUCCUACUCACAUGCAGGUGGUUCUUCCUGCCCUCUCUCCCACCAUGACCAUGGGCACAGUUCAGAGAUGGGAAAAAAAAGUGGGUGAGAAGCUAAAUGAAGGAGAUUUAUUGGCAGAGAUAGAGACUGACAAGGCCACUAUAGGUUUUGAAGUACAGGAGGAAGGUUACCUCGCAAAAAUCCUGAUCCCAGAAGGCACACGCGAUGUCCCUCUAGGGGCCCCGCUCUGUAUCAUUGUAGAGAGAGAGGCAGAUAUACCCGCGUUUGCUGACUACCAGCCCGCCGAAGUAACUGAUUUAAAACCACCGGCACCACCACCUAUCCCAUCUCCGGCAGCCCCUGUUCCUCCAAUGCCCCAACCUGUAGCCCCUCCACCUUCAGCCCCCCGGCCAGUUGCUCCAGCUGGACCAAAGGGAAGAGUGUUCGCCAGCCCACUUGCAAAGAAGUUGGCAGCAGAGAAAGGGAUUGACCUUACACAAGUAAAAGGGACAGGACCAGAUGGCAGAAUCAUCAAGAAGGACAUUGACUCCUUUGUGCCUACUAAAGCUGCUCCUACUCCAGCAGCCGCUGUGCCUCCUCCAAGUCCAGGAGUGACUCCAGUUCCUACAGGCGUCUUCACAGAUAUCCCAAUCAGCAACAUUCGCCGAGUCAUUGCACAGCGGUUAAUGCAAUCUAAGCAAACCAUACCUCAUUAUUACCUUUCUAUUGAUGUAAAUAUGGGAGAAGUUUUGUUGGUACGGAAAGAACUUAAUAAGAUGUUAGAAGGAAAAAGCAAGAUUUCCGUCAAUGACUUCAUUAUAAAAGCUUCAGCUUUGGCAUGUUUAAAAGUUCCUGAAGCAAAUUCUUCUUGGCUGGACACAGUUAUAAGACAAAAUCAUGUUGUUGAUAUCAGUGUUGCAGUCAGUACUCCUGCAGGACUCAUCACACCUAUUGUAUUUAACGCACAUAUAAAAGGACUGGAAACCAUUGCUAAUGAUGUUGUUUCUUUAGCAACCAAAGCACGAGAGGGUAAACUACAGCCACAUGAGUUCCAGGGUGGCACUUUUACAAUCUCAAAUUUAGGAAUGUUUGGGAUUAAGAACUUCUCUGCUAUUAUUAACCCACCUCAAGCAUGUAUUUUGGCAAUUGGUGCUUCAGAGGAUAGACUGGUUCCAGCAGAUAAUGAAAAAGGAUUUGAUGUGGCGAGCAUGAUGUCUGUUACACUCAGUUGUGAUCAUCGGGUUGUCGAUGGAGCAGUUGGAGCCCAGUGGCUUGCUGAGUUUAGAAAGUACCUUGAAAAACCUAUCACCAUGUUGUUAUAAUUAAUCCAAGAAUUUCUAGACUCUCUUAGGUCACACUGUUUCAUUCUUACCAAGGUAUUAAUAUGUUAUUAAAUGGUGGUUCCCUUUUUAUUUUAAGGUUAACCAGUUAUUUUUGAGUCUGUCCAUAUAUUUGUAAUGGGCAUUACUGAAUUUUAAAAUGCCAAUUACAUCCCAAUAUUGUGCACAUUUAAUAAACACCAGAUUUUAAGCUGCGUACUCCAGGUCAAGGGGCCUAUGGCAUAGCCCUUUGGUGGUAAGUCCUGCCACUGGAAAUGCAGAGGUAGAAUUGUGGUUCCCUAUUGAGACAGGCACAUAAAAGUAACCUUGAUGAGACACUGAGGUUUUGAAAUUUAAUUACCUCAAAUGUUUUGAUGAGAUUUGAGAAAAGUCAGAAAAACUAGUUCUUUUGGAGAAAGAAUUUGAACUGAAACUUGAUUUUGGAAUUUAAGCCUAAUUUGAAAGUUUGUGUUACAUAAAUCUUGGUUUAUCAUGGAUGGGAAGCAUGGAGAACUUGAAGGAAAAUACGAGAAAACUUUAAAAGUCAACAUUUUCAUAGGACUGUUCAACCAGCUGUUCUUUAUUUUUCUAUGAAUUCAGAAAUGGUUGUUUUCUCCUCUUGAGAUGAAGAUAUAAAUAUGAACCAGCUCCUUGGUAUAAGUGAGAAUUUGUGUGGGUAUCUAUUUAAAUAAUUUAAAUGUGUCAUUGUGAGAGCAGAAUUCUAUAAUUGCCUCAAAUAAAAGAAUAUGCUUAUAGAAUUUAACAGAGUUAACUUGUGAAAGUAGAAUUUUUCCUGUAAAAUUAACUAGUGGUUACUUGCAAAUGAACUUAAUUAGUAGGAUUUAUUACUUAAAUACUUGAAAAACUUGUAUCAAGUAACUGUGGAAUGGAAUAAGUGUAUAUAUGUAAAUAUGGUUCCUAGUGAGAUAUGUGCCAAAGUCCAUUUAUCACCAAGUUGCGUCUAAAAAGAAGAAGGGGAGAGAUACACUAGUGGAUAGUUUGGAGUGAUAAAAGAUGAUGACUGGAACAAACUGGUCAUUUCUGGUUUUGGAUAAAGUGCAAAUGUUAAAUGUGUACAAAAAGAAGUGUUCUAUGUUUUUCCAUCCCAAUGUUGUCUCAUGUAAAAUAAGAAAACCCUAAAAUCCUGUCAGAGAGAAAAAGAUUAUUUAGGUUGUUUGCUACCUUAUCAGCCUAAAUAUUUAUUUUCCAUUUUGUUACAAUUUGCCUUUCUGUGGGGGGGGGGGGGGGUGGUGAUAUUCAGGAUGAUAAAAAUGAAUUAGAAACAUUAUCACAAUUCUAGACUUUCUAUGGAAUUGAUGUGAUUUAAUAAAUAAAUUUGGAAUUGUUUAUAACUAUUAACAAAUCUGAUCCUCCUUGUAAAAUGUAAUAUGCAGAACUAUUCCUUGAAAUUUAGGUCUUUCAAUGUUGAAUCUGUCUCUAAGUGUUCAUUAUUACAUGGUGCACAAGUGACACUCCAUAUAUUCCAGAAAUAUUUUCCUUGCUGUAUUAUUAUGAAAAUAAUACGUGAAUCUGACUUUUCAGUAGUAACUUUAGCUUGAAGAUUAUGGAGAAGGAACAAACUUAUAACAAGGGACCAUCAGCAGUAUGAGCCACGUCUAGGUCACAUACACGAAACUUCAAAGAUAAUUCAUUAUUUGGUGGUGUUUAUGGCUCUGUUGUUCCCUUGAGGGAAAAAUUUAAAAGUUGCAUUCUAAUAGAAAUUGUUCUGAGUUAAAAAUUAACCUGAGCUAUCAUCUAAAUUUGGAUUCAGUUUAUUUCCCUUACCAGCUGGAAUGAACAAGUGUUAGAAAUAGUGUUUUGGUUCAAAUUAGAUUGUUUGAAAAUUAAACUAUAUGUUUUCAAUGUG